AUUAGACCGCAUUGAUUUCCAAAAGUCAAUGGAUCCGGAUCGAACUCAAAAGACGUGCAUGGUGAGAGUCCAGGACUUACAAAACGCAACUUCAUAGUUUCUUUUUAGAUACAAAAAUCAAAUUAUAUGCAUCAAAAACCAAAACAAGAACACUUCUUUCUCUCUGUUUUGUUUCAAUAUGGUUGAUCGAACUAAGGAAGUGAUUGUACAUGUCAGUUCUUCUGUCGGAAAUAUUUUCCAACCAGACAACGCUUUGACCCCAGAACCUAGGAGACCGACGACACACUUGUCAGCUCCUGCACCGGAGAAGAAACUGACUCUUUUUGCGUUACGACUCGCUAUUCUUGAAAAGAUUGCUUCAUGGUUGGGAUCUUUAGGUUUCGUGUGGGCCACGGUUGUUCUUCUUGGUGGAUUCGCUGCAAGUUUAGCGAUAACAGAUUUUUGGUUCGUCACUGUGAUUCUUGUUGUCGAAGGAGCUCGGAUCUUCAGCAGAAGCCAUGAGCUUGAAAUGCAGCACCAGUCUAAAUACACAAUCUCUGGAAUCAACAGCUUCAGGUUACUUGUCAGACACGUAAUCAAAAUAUUCCACCAGAAAGCUCAAACUCCUGGAAACAACGAGAGACCACCGCUUCACGAAGAAACGAGGCAGAUCGAGCGCACUAGGACAUGGAGAAGCACAGAUCGCACUAGGACAUGGAGAAGCACAGAUGUUCCAAUGCUGCCUUACACAGGUUGGGUCUUUGUAUCAAGAAACGUGAGUAGAGUCUUUUAUUGGCUCCAGAUUGCUUCUGCAUUAGCCAGCAUUAUCAUCUCAAUGACUAAACUCAUCAGGCAAGAUUAUGGAGGAGAUGAAUCCAAAAGCAGAACCAAUCUCCACUCUGCUUUAACUCUCUUCUACUCUCUCGCCCUCAUCGAGGCUCUUCUCUUUCUUGUUGAGAAAGCUUACUGGGAGUGGAUGAUCAGUGUUUACAAGAUUCUCGACAAAGUGAACCAAGAAUGCGGUCUCGAGAGAUAUGGAACUGAUUCAGUGAGAAGAUUCUUCUACAAUGCUUACUCGAGGUGUUUAAAUGGGAGCAUCUUCGACGGACUCAAGAUGGAUAUGAUCGUUUUCGCCAUGGAGCUUUUGUUGUCAAAUUCUCCUGAUGAGCAGCUCACUAGAUCAGAUAUUCUCUAUAGAUUCUCGAUGAACGAACACUAUUCGGAUGAUACUCUUCAGAAGAUUGGGACUAACUUAGAGAUUAUAGAGAGACUGGUUGAGAUGUUGAACUGGAGAAACAAGAAUCAAGAAGCUAUGAGGAUGUCAUCUGCAGAGAUUCUCUCAAGAUUAGCUAGCAAGAAGCAAAACUCUCUAAGAGUUGUAAGGAUCCCUGGAGCUAUUGAGUCAAUAUCUUCUGUUUUAGACAUCACUAGAGAUUCGGGUCAAGCCAGUGAUGAGAUUGGAGAGGACAGUAUCAGUCAAACCGAUCGAUGGACGUUCAACAAUCUCGGACUGGUGAUUUUGAAAAGGCUAGCUAGAGAUCAUGAUAACUGUGUGAAGAUUUGGAAAACUAAAGGGUUGCUUUCAAAGAUCAUUGACUUCACAUAUGCUGAGAAGAGGUUGCUGAAAGAUCCAAAUCUCGAGGCUGCAGAGUCUAAUAAGAUCUUGGCUGUGAAACGUUCUCUGAAGCUGUUGAGGAGGCUGGUGGAAACGACGGGUGCAACGGGGAAAAACUUGAGGAGAGAUGUCUCUGGGAUUGUAUUCACAGUAAGCAACAUUAGGGAAACAUUGCUACAUGGAAAGAAGCAGCCUGGUUUGCAGAAGCUUGGUGCGGAGAUCCUGACUUUCCUUGCGCUUGAUGAAGGUGCAACUGAGAAAAUCGGCGGCACGGGCGGGGUUUUAAAUGGACUUCUCUGCAUCUUCUUGAAUGACGAUGUUCCAGAGAAUCAGACUAGUGGUGUGAGAGAAUCUGUUGGUAAGACUAUAGCAAUGCUAGCUCAAGGAAGUCAAAGCAAUUGCCAACGGAUGUUGAGAUCAGACGACGUCCUUCAGCGCCUCGUUGAGGCGCUGAAGAACCCGUUGAUUCGGUCGAAUGCAGCGAGAAUCUUGCGGAAUCUAUGUGCAUAUACAGAUCCUGAUAAAGCUAAGGAACAGCUGAAGGAAGUUAAAUCUGCAGGAGCAACUGUUCUUAAGGCAAUAAAGUCUGAACAUGACAAACUUCAAGAAAUUAUGGUGGGAUUAGCACCGCACAUUUUCAGGCUAAUGAGUCCUGAAGAAUCAAAUGAAAUGUUCAAGGAAGCGGCAGUAAGCAAAGAAGAACUAGCAGAAGUAUUAGUCAACCUUCUCAAGAGAUAUGAACAGCCAAUGCCAAAAGUUCCGAGAAUCAGGAGGUUUGCAAUAGAGCUAACCAUUCAGAUGAUGAAAACUGAUCCUAAGACGGUCAAGACUUUCCAAGACACUAAGAUGAAGAAAGAGUUAGAGGCAGUUUUUGAGACUGCAGCUGAGGUUGAGAACUUUGAUACAUUCUCAGGCACAGUUGGCUUGGCACGCCAUGGCUUAACGAUCAAUGAACUCAUUGAAGAAGCAAUUCUGUUAUUGAGUUAGACGAAACCCUCACAGCCGCUGGGAACAAAAGUUUAAACAACAUUGACUUUGUCGCAAGCCCACAUUGUCCUCGCUUAUCAUAGUGUUUCUUUAACAUGGGAAUCAAGUGGCCUAUAUUCUUAUUAUGUUCGUUCUCCACAGUAGUUGCUCUGUUUUCCUAUACAUGUGAGCAAAAUAAGUAAAAUGAUUGCAUUUAUAUAUUUAUAGAAAUGAUUUUUC